UGGAGGCGUGUCUUUACGCCGCUCCCCUUCUUCAGCGCCUGGGAGACCCCGUUUGUCCCUUUUGCCUUCUCGGCUCUGUACGGAGAAGAUGCCUGGAGUCACCGUAAAAGACGUGAACCAGCAGGAGUUCGUCAGAGCCCUGGCUGCUUUCCUCAAGAAAUCUGGUAAACUCAAGGUUCCAGAAUGGGUGGACACCGUGAAACUCGCCAAACACAAGGAACUGGCGCCAUACGAUGAGAACUGGUUCUACACCCGCGCAGCUUCCACAGUCCGUCACUUGUACCUCCGCGGUGGUGCCGGUGUAGGCUCCAUGACAAAGAUCUACGGUGGACGUCAGCGCAAUGGUGUCAAGCCAAGUCACUUCAGCAAUGGAUCAAAGUGCGUAGCCCGGAGGGUACUGCAGGCACUGGAGGGCCUGAAAAUGUUGGAGAAAGACCCCAAUGGCGGUCGCAGACUGACUCCCCAGGGACAGAGGGAUCUGGACAGAAUUGCUGGACAGGUCGCAGCCGCCAACAAGAAACAUUAAGUCGAUUUGUUAAAAUAAAACUUUCUGCUCCAAAACUGA